UCUACCAUCGCUAUAGCAGCUGUUUUUGGCGGCAUUCUUUACUCGAGAAAAAUACGCAACAUUUUUACUACAACUUUUUGUACGAUGUGUUAUUGUUAAGUUUAAUCAGUGUCAAGUGUCAAUCACGCAAUGACGGAUAAAAGUUCUAUAGUUGAGGCGCUAGGAAAACAUUUUGGCCACAAGUGCUUCAAAUCACAGCUGCAGGAGCAGGCCAUAAAAUGCGCCGUAAAAAAAAAACAGGAUGUGUAUGUGUCCAUGCCUACAGGAUCGGGCAAAUCGUUGUGCUUCCAAUUGCCCGGCCUAAUGUGCGAAAAUCAAUUAACAAUUGUUUUCUCGCCACUUUUGGCGUUGAUCAAAGAUCAGAUCGAUCAUUUGUCCAAGAUCAAGGUGCAGGCGGAUUCACUUAAUUCCAAGAUGAGCAGCAAGGAACGUGAACGCGUCAUCAUGGAUCUGCGUGCUAUCAAGACCAACAUCAAAUUCCUCUACAUCACACCCGAGCAGGCGGCCACAAAGUUCUUUCAGGAGCUCCUCCAUUCGCUCUACAAGCACAAGAAGCUAGCGUACUUUGCUGUCGAUGAGGCGCAUUGCGUCUCUCAAUGGGGUCAUGACUUUCGACCCGACUAUCUAAAGCUAGGUGAGCUGCGGUCCAAGUACCCGGAUGUCGUUUGGCUGGCGUUGACAGCCACUGCAUCCAAGGAGGUGCGCGAGGACAUCUACAAACAGCUUCAUCUGCGCCAGCCUGUGGCGCAAUUCUGCACCCCCAGCUUCCGCUCGAAUCUGUACUACGACAUUGUGUAUAAGAACUCCAUUGAGGAUGACUUCCAGCACUUGGCAGAGUUUGCCCAGCAUUGUUUGGGCAAUGCCGAGGAGUUCAAAUCGCUGCCUAAACCACAACGUGGCUGUGGCAUCAUCUACUGUCGCACUCGAGAGCAGGUGGAGCGCGUAGCUGUGGGCGUGUCCAAACAAGGCGUGGCAGCGGUCGCCUAUCAUGCUGGGCUGAAGACAGCUGAACGAACUGAAGUCCAGGAGGCUUGGAUGCGUGGGGAGAAGCCCAUAAUUUGUGCCACCAACAGCUUUGGCAUGGGCGUAGACAAGGCCAGCGUACGCUUCGUCAUCCAUUGGGAUGUGCCCCAGAAUGUGGCCGCCUAUUAUCAGGAAUCUGGUCGCGCUGGACGCGAUGGCCUGCCUUCGUUCUGCCGUCUCUACUAUGGACGGGAGGAUGUGCGCUCCAUACGCUUUCUGCUGCAGAAUGAUGCUCAGCGUGCUCGUGGACGUGGAGAUCGGGAGCUGCUCACGGAACGUGCUCUGAAGCAGUUCGAGCGCAUUGUGGAUUUCUGCGAGCAGACGCGUUGUCGCCACAAGCUGUUUGCUGAUUACUUUGGUGACCCGGCGCCUGCUUGCACAGCUCAGUGCGAUGUGUGCAAGCGACCUAAGCAGGCGCAGAAGGCGCUGGAGAUGUUUCAGCGUUUGUGCAUGGAUGCCACCUUUAAGUCGGAGGUGUCGCUGCAGGAUUGUGCGGACUUAUAUGAAGGAGGACGCGCAGGCACCAAGCGUGCUGCCCAAGAGUACGCCAGCGACGAUUCGGAUAGCCGUGGGGAAAGUCACGCCUCGCAAUCGAAACGUGCCAAAAAAGAUGCCGAGGACUUUAUACGCCAGCAGUUUAAGCUGCGCAAACAAAUCAGCGCUGCUCGACAGCUGGAGCAGGAGACAAGUACACAGAUUUCGCGAGUGCGUCAGGCUCAAUCCACAGAAACCAAAAUCGCUGGAUUGCAUCAAACGCAACGCGAAAAGUAUCUAGAUGCGAUGAUCGAUGCACUCAAAGCGAAUGUGAAGAAGUGCGAGAAGAUACCUGAUCAGCAGCCACGCAGCUCGCUGAGACACAAUGACUACGAAGCCAUGGGCGUGGAUAUGGAGUACGAGGUGUUCCAGAAGCAGCGCGUGGUCAACAUGUACAGACAUGCAAUGGCCAAGCAGCUGGCUAUCAUCAAACAACAAACUGCCAAGGAGACGCUAAUGCCGCUGAUACUCGACUAUGUGCCACGACCGGAGACGAGUGCAAAAGGCGCUUGGACGGGAGGCAGCGUGGCUUAUUUUGAGCGCAAACUCAAGGAGCUGGAGGAGCAGAAACCGCAGUCCUUGAAAGAGCCACCAAAAGCGUUGCGUGAACGCAAGGGUUUUAAGCAGGAGCAGAGCAAACAAACCUCAAUUGCCAGUUUCUUUACCAAAGUGAAACAAGAGAUUAAAGAGGAUCCGGAAGAUGAGACUACUGGCCAACUGCUGCCAGUGAAAACAGAACCAACAGAGACAACAGAAAAUGAGCCAGUGAAUGUCAAAACAGAACCAAGUGAAGAAGAACCAGAACUCACUGAAGAGGAGCAGAUGGAAAAGGAAUUCGAACUAGAGAAGGAGGCACAGCUGGAGCAGGAAGCGCAGUUGGAGAGGGAGGUCCAAGAACAUGAAGCGCAACUUCAGCAGGAAGCUGAACUGGAAAAGGAGGCGCAAAUGGAGCUCGAGUUUGGCGAAAGAAAAUACAGACUAAUGUCAAAUGGCGACGGCAGUUACGAUACGCAUCGCAAGACACGUGUUUCGCAUUUGGAGCCGGAGACACAAAAGCAGCCAGCAAAGUCCACAACCAGCAAAUUGAUGUUUGCCAAAGAAGACCCAAUGGAGGUCGAUGAAGAGCACAGCAUUGAUGCCAUUGGUUUCACAACAGCGCGUCAAAUGUUGGAGCAAAAGGAAAAGAAACUUUCUGGCCUAAUGAAUGGAACACAAGAGGGUGACGAAGAUAAAGUGGAUAGAACACUUUCAGGUGGCUUUAUGACAGCUCGACAGAUGCUAGAGAAAAAGAGGUUAAGGGAGGAAAAAUCGGAAGAAAAGAGAGUAAAAGAGGACAAAUCGGAGCACAGCAAAGAGCAUAGUAAACACAAAUCUUCUUCAGAACACAGGGGAGAAAAAUCAAGGUCAGAAGACAACAAAGACAAGUCUUCAAGAGAUCGCAGCAAUGAAAAGUCUUCAAGGGAACACACUAAAGAUAAGCCUUUAUCUGAACACAGUAAAGAAAAAUCUUCUAGUGAACACAACAAAGAAAAAUCACAGUCGGAGCACCGCAGAGAAAAGUCACAAUCUGACCACAGAAAGGAGAAGAGUCCACCAGAGCACAGCAAAGAGAAACCACCUCGAGAACACAACAAAGAAAUUUCUGUAGCCGAACAUAACAAAGACAAAACUUCAAGAGAUCACAACACGGAAAGGUCUUCAAGAGAUCAGAAUAAAGAGAAGUCUUCGCGGGAACACGGCAAGGACAAGUCGAAUGCCAAUCAGCAAAAGAACGAUGUGAGUAAAUCUGUGGUGCAGUGGCUCAAUCCCUAUUACAAGCGCAAAAUAGCAACCAAAGAGUUGUUCAAGGCGCUCGCUAAGCUGAUUACACAACGCAUUUGCGACGGCAGUCUGGGCAAUGGCGAUGCUUGCAAAAACUAUAUUAAGGAUACGUUUCAUAGCCUGAAAAUGAUUGAGACCGAUCAGGACAUUGAGAAACAUUUUACCAUUGCCAUUAAAUGAUUGGAAAAUCUCUUUUAGAGUUGGACAAUAACUCGAAAAUGUUAUUAACUAUUAAGUACAUAUUUUUUUUGUUGCUCUUUGUAAAUAUUGUUUUUGAACUUGUGAGUUAAGUGUGCGUUUUUUCUUCGCUCUGUCGAAAACGUUGGAGCAACCUUUAAAUUAUAAUGAUCGUUUUAAGAUCAAGUUAAACAUUUACAGUUUCUGAUUGUAGUGAGAUAGAGAUACAAUAGUUACAAUGUGACUAAACAACAAACACGAAAUAUUUGUAA